UUGGUUGCAAAGACAACGGUUUCUGGUACGAGAACUCAACCUCAAACCAACCAGAAGAAAGACAGAUUAUAUUAUCCUAUUUGACGCAUUAUCUGACGACAUCCAAUUCACUGAACAAACAGGAAAGCCAUGUCCACCUAAUCUAAGAAGGAUUCUUGCAAAAACAGGGAUAGAUCAGAAUCCUGUUCCAAGUGGAUCCAUCGUGCAACAAGAAUAAGAAUAAUACUUACUCAAGUGGAGAAUUUCAGUUCUGGGUUCCAUUAUUCCACCGCGUUUCAAUCCUUACAUAAAUCCUCAAGUCGUAGCAGUAAUCACCAUCACAGAUCAUAAUUGUUAAGCCUAUUCGUGGCUAAUAUUUUUUACGGUUAUUUAUUUUUAUCUGUUCUAAAUACAUUCCUGUAGACUACUUUAUUAAUUAACAGGACAGUUUUACUCGAUAAUGUCGGGUUUCCUCAACUUCCGCGGUAGUUUCUCAAGAAAGUCGUCUUCGUCGGCGGCGCCGGUUAAGGAAAGGCCGAAAAAGGCGGCGUCAUCCAAGGAAGUUUUCCAACCAAACAUGGACGACAUGAGAAAGGUGUUCAACAGGUACGACGUCAACGGGGACGGGAGAAUCUCGGUGGAGGAGUUCAAGCAGGCGCUGCAGGUGAUCGGAAGCGGCGGCACGGAGGCGGCGGUGGCGUUCGAGGCGGCGGACUCCGACGGAGACGGCUACAUAGAUUUCCAUGAGUUCAUCGCCGUCAACAACCAGGGAGGAGGGAUCAGCAAAGCCGACAUCAAGAACGCAUUCACGGUUUUUGACUUGGACGGGAACGGGAAAAUCAGCGCCGAGGAACUUUUGCAGGUGCUAAGGAGGAUGGGAGAGAGGUGUAACUUGGAUUCUUGCCGGAAAAUGGUGAAGGGUGUCGACUCCGACGGCGAUGGAUUGAUUGACAUCAAGGAAUUCACGAAGAUGAUGACGGCCGCCGGCACCACCAAACGUUUCUAAUUUAGCAAACUGUGUGAGACUAGUCAAAUCUUUUAUUAAUGAGGUCAAAUAUCUGGUUUACUAAUAAAAAAUUUGGUCCAUGAAUCAAAGAUCUGACCGUAACACGGAUUGAUACUUGCGUGUGUUAGCCUUCUAAUUUGUUUAUUACGAGGAUGUUUUGUAUUUAUGCGGACAAACUUCAACAACUAAAGGAGAUCGAUAGUUUACUUGUUUUCAGUCAAUCUCAGCUCGAUGGAACAAUAUUUGAAAAUUGUUAGGGUAUGAGAAUAUGUGAUUUGAACGUGUUAUUAUAGAGAAGGAACCACAAUUUUAAGUGAUUUUUAGUUACAGUACGUAGUAUUUGUUUUUUGACGUUUCU